GAACUCCCGCUUCAGUCAGGCGCACGAGAGCGUUGGGGUUCGCGACGCGGCUUCGCGUGAGAGAGAGAGAGAGAGAGAGAGAGAGAGAGUUAGCCGCGAAGUUUCUCAGAGAUGCUCGAGUGUCGGCGCUUCUCCUUCACACUUCCGUCGCGCUCUUGAAGCCAGUGGUCGGGUCGAGUUUUAACGGCGUCCCGGAGUGAAACAUGGGAGCCGCGCGCUGGACCGUCGCGGUUUUCCUGGUGACCACGGCGCUGUGCGUGGACUUUGAGCAGCGCGCACCGGGUCUCGGCCGGAGCGCGGACACUGUUCUCAUGAGAAGACUUCGAGUCCGGAGACACGGAGACGGUGUCCGGGAUUCCGCGGAGAGGAAGGUGAAGAGGAGCGAGGGGUCGGGGGGAGGAGAGCCGUGUCAAUCCCUGCGGGAGAAUGACGCCAGGCUGCGGGAGAACACGCACACUCGGGUCUUUAACGACGUGUCCGGCUCUGUGUCUCUGGCCUGUGGAGAUGGAACAGGGGUGCUGCUGGUCCUCACUACAUAUCAGGUGCCACUGUUCAUGUUCCGCUUUAGCGAGCCCAAACUCUACAGGAGUGAAGACCAUGGAAAAUCCUUCCAGGAUGUCACGCAUCUCCUGAACAACACCUUCAUCAUGACUCACUUCGGCAUUGCCAUCGGCCCGGACAACUCCGGAAAGGUGAUCCUCACAGGUUAUGUGUCUGAGGGAAAAGGCUCGAGAAUUUUACGCUCGCUGGAUUUGGCGAGGAGUUUCACCACCUCUGACCUGCCCUUCCAAGUCCUCAUGCAGAUCUCUUACAACCCAGAAAACAACAGCGUACUCGCCGUUAUUAGUACAGCGUAUGACCUGUGGCUCUCUGAGGACUUUGGGCUUCAAUGGAAGAAAAUUCAUGACACAGUGUGUCUGGUGAAAUGGGGGACUGCUGACACUCUGUUUUUCACCACAAACCCAAACGGUUCCUGUAGUGAAAGGGGGAUGCUGGAGCUGAGGAAGACCACAGAUUUUGGCCGCAGCUUUAAGACUAUAGGGAGCAGGAUUUACUCGUUUGGCCUGGGCGGACGCUUUCUCUUUGCCUCCGUGAUGUCUGCUACGAGUUCAACGCGCAUGAUUCAUGUGUCUGUGGAUCAGGGUGAGGUUUGGGACAUGGCCCAGCUGCCCGAUGUGGGACAUGAACAGUUUUAUUCCAUCCUGUCUGCCAACGACGACAUGGUGUUCAUUCAUGUGGACGAACCUGGAGACUCAGGGAUGGGAAUGAUCUACACCUCAGAUUAUCGUGGCAUUGUAUUUUCCAAGUCCCUCGAGCGCCAUCUUUACACAUCCACAGGCGGCGAAACCGACUUCACUGUCGUCAGCUCACUCAGGGGCAUCUACAUGACCAGCGUGCUGGCUCAUGAUGGUUCUGUUCAGACAGUGGUAACGUUCAAUCAGGGAGGAAAUUGGAGGCCUCUGAAGAAACCCUGGAACGCAGAGUGUGACUCGACUGCAAAGGAUCCUGUCAUGUGCAGUCUGCAUAUUCACGCUUCCUAUAGUACAUCGAUGAGGCUCAAUGUGCCGAUGUUGCCGCUGACUGAACCGAGUGCUGUUGGUCUCAUCCUCGCUCACGGCAGCGUAGGGGACGCAGUGUCCAUCUUGUCCCCUGACAUUUACGUGUCUGGCGACGGCGGGUACACGUGGACGCGAGCGCUCAAAGGGCCGCACCAUUACGCCGUCUUGGAUUCGGGAGGACUCCUGGUGGCCGUGGAACACAACCAAAUCCAGCCCAUCUCGCAAAUCAAGUUCUCUACAGACGAGGGCCAGUGUUGGCACGUGUACAACUUCACAGACACGCCGCUGUACUUCACGGGUUUGGCCUCGGAGCCUGGAGCUCGGUCCAUGAGUCUAAGCCUGUGGGGUUUCCGACAGCCGGUGUUCAGCCAACACUUGGUGUCCAUCACUAUAGACUUUCACCAGCUACUCUCCAGAGACUGUGGGGAGGAGGAUUACGUGCAGUGGCUCGCCCAUUCCGAUAACACCGGCAACCCGAAUGAUGGGUGUCUACUGGGAUAUAAGGAAAAAUACCUGAGGCUAAGGAAAGACUCUGUUUGUAGAAAUGGGAGAGGAUUCGUCCUAACCAAGCAGCCCACGCCGUGUCCCUGCACCCUGGAUGAUUUCCAAUGUGAUUUUGGCUUCUACCGUGCCAUUAACGGCUCAGAGUGUGUGGAACAGCCGGAGCUGAAGGGCCACUCGCUAGAGUUCUGCCUGCACGGCCGUAAAGAGCAGCUCCAGACCAACGGUUACAGGAAGAUCCCAGGAGACCGGUGCGAGGGAGGCGUGCAGCCGGAGAGGAAACUGAUCGACCUGAGCAAGAAGUGCGUCAGUAACCUGCUGAUUCCCGAGCUCCUGGCGGUGUCUCGGUCAGGAAACCUGGCUCCUGUAGUGUCUGUCAUCAUCCUCUUUCUGCUCGUCUGCGCCGUGGCUGGUGUUCUACUCAUCAAGAAGUAUGUGUGUGGGGGAAGGUUCCUGGUGCACCGUUACUCAGAGAUGCAGAGGCACGCAGAGGCUAAUGCUAUUGAAGGUGUGGACGACGUGGUCACCACAGAGGCGGACAAGACACGUUACAAUUACGACUCUGAUGAGGACCUUCUGGCUGAAAAUUGAGGUGGUAAAUUCUCAGGUAGUGUCCUAAAGCUAAAGAGUGAGGAACUUGGAUGCCUUGUGGUGCCCUCUUCAGGCCUGCACGUGUACGUGCGUGUUAAACCCUGUGUGGGGAUGAUGAGUUUACUGAAGGAUGAAGAAAUGAAAGUGUGGGUUUUUGUUCUAAUUAAUUGGUUCCAGCCACUGGAGAGGAGGAAAUUGGUGGAUUUCUGUAAUGACUGUUUUUGUUUUCUUGACAGAUGUUUUCACUGAUUUGUAGUUUGAAAUUUGAGAAAUAUUCAUUCCUUUUAGAUUUUAAGACACGGACAGUCUAGAUGAUUUGUGUCCUUUAGGGUUAUGAAGGACUGACACACCAGUGCUGUUUUAAUCCUUAGGGUUUUUUUGUUUGUUUGUCUGUUUUAUAUAUGAUGUAGAAAUUCAGCCUGAGUAAUUAAAGCCGCAUUACAAAGCAAUAACGGUUCACUAAGCUAAAGUUUAAGGAGCGGAUUCAUGUUGGUACAAAGCCAAACGGAUAUGCUGUGCAUCAGUUGUGAUCGUUCGUCUUAAUAAGGAUGCACAGGACCCGGGAAAAAAAACACGAUUCAAAACGCUCUUUCUGAGACGAAGGUACUGGUGCGCUGUGGGUUUUUACUGACUACCCACUAAAGCUCAUUUUAUUGUAAACUAAGCUACAAGAUUCUAAGCAGUUGUGCACUGGCAGGGAAAAAAGGUCCUGAAGGCAUAAGAUCAGGUUUUUUUUUUAUGUGAUUUUGCAAAAUGAAGAAUGAGGGAUUUUGAGAAUGUUUUUACUAUAAAAAUGCAGAUAUGUAAUGAGCUUUCAUAGCAAUAAUUAUUUUAAUGACUAUUUGUCUAAUAACUACAACACAGUGGUGUGCUGAAGGUAUUACGACAUGGUACAGUGUGUAUAAAGAACAACAUUUUUUUUUAUUUUUUCAGAUAUUUUACAUUGGGAAAUAAAACCAGGCCAGUCAGAGUAACCGUGAUAAACUUGAGUUUGGGUGGACUCGUCAGGAGGGCGGCCGCCCACCCGAAUAUGAUGUGAAUAGAAUACAGUGUUUUAUGGUACUCCUUUCUAUUUUUUCUUUUUUUUUUUUAAUUAAGUACGUGUCUCAGGGGCCCCCUGGAUUUUACCUUCACCUUCAAAAUGUGACCAGAAAAAAGCUGUUUGAUUGCUGGAAGAAUUCGUUCUGCGCUAUUCAGUAUUGUAGUGCUACUGGGGAAAUUCGGAGAACUUGCAGCAUCUGUCUAUUGAAUGUAAAGGAAGUAAACAUGACGUUUUUAAUUCCAGUGCUGUAAAUAAGAUGUGUACAGAUAAGCUACUGUUCAUAACUACAUUUAAUGCUUGACUUCUCAAUCCAGAUCUCAGAAACCCAACGCAAAUGUAAAGCCUGGAUUGAGAAAAUGUCAUUGUCCUUAUUUGUUGUUGUUAUUAAUUUUUUUUUUUUUUUCCCAGUCAGAAUAAAGAAUUUUGAACAUUUA